AUGCCGGCGCUGAGAGUUGAAGAAGUUGGAAUGAGUGCGUCAACGGAUGCUCAGCUGCUAGCACCGGAAGAGUUGAAAAAGCGUCAGAAGGGAGAUCUUAAAGCCGAUGAAGAACGUGAUCGAACGGACAAAUUACGACAACGCCGAAAAAAGAAAAAUCGUCAGAGGGCAUUGGUCGAAUUGUUCGGUGAAGACAAAGCUCUCGAGAAUCAAAAGAAGAAGAAAAAGAAGAAAUCGACUGAUGAGAAGGAGGUGGCAAGUGGUGAAAAGUUGAAAAGUUCGACCUUCUUCACGAAACUCCAGGAAACAGUUCGGAACGUGAGAGAUCAAGGAAAAACGACAAAGAAGAAGAAGAAGGUGAAGUCGGAGCAGGUGUCUGAAGGUGGUUCUAAGUAUAUGCUGUGA